AUGCCGGUGAUGCGGGGUCUGAUUGCGCCUCAGAACACCUUCCUGGACACCAUCGCCACUCGGUUCGAUGGGACCCACAGUAACUUCGUUCUUGGAAACGCGCAGGUCCAGUCCGUCUUCCCCAUCGUCUACUGCUCCGAUGGCUUCUGCGAGUUGACCGGCUUCGCCCGCGGCGAGCUGAUGCAGAAGAGCUGCAUGUGUCACUUCCUGUACGGCGGCGAGACCAGCGACCGCAUCACCUCGCAGAUGCAAAAGGCUCUGGACGAACGGCGGGAGUUCAAGACUGAGAUCGUUCUGUACAAGAAGAGCGGCUACAAGUUCUGGUGUCUGCUGGACAUAGUUCCCAUCAAGAAUGAGAAGAGCGAGGUGGUUCUCUUCCUGGUCUCGCACAAGGACAUCACAGAAAAUAAGGACCUGGAUCGGGGCAAUGAUUCUGACACCGAUGAGGAAACAGGCCUGGAGGUCCAUCAGGUCAAUCGGCCCCCGGGGUGCAACAUGGAGCGCCGGCGCAGUCGUGCCGUCCUCUACCAUCUCUCCGGUCAUCUCCAGAAACAGGACAAAACCAAGAGCAAACUGAAAAUCAACAAUAGUGUUCUCGGAGCCAAUGCCAACCCAAUCCCAGAGUACAAGGUGGCCGACGUCCAAAAGUCCCGCCUCAUCCUCCUUCACUACGGUGCGUUCAAGGCCGGCUGGGACUGGCUCAUCCUUCUGGCCACCUUCUACGUAGCUGUCACUGUUCCCUACAACGUCUGCUUCACCGCUGUGGAGAUACGGGAAGACGGCGUCUCAGCGGCCAGAAACCCUCCGAGUGUCAGUGACAUCUUGGUGGAGAUACUUUUCAUCAUCGAUAUUGUCCUAAAUUUCAGAACGACCUACGUUAGCACGUCGGGGCAGGUCGUGUACGACGCCCGCUCCAUUUGCAUUCAUUACGUCACCUCCUGGCUGUUUGUGGAUCUGAUCGCAGCCUUGCCCUUUGACCUUCUGUACGCCUUCAACAUCAGCGUGAACUUCGGGGUCCACCUGCUGAAGACGGUGCGUCUCCUACGGCUUCUUCGCCUCCUGCAGAAGCUGGACCGUUACUCCCAGUACAGCGCCGUGGUCCUCACACUGCUCAUGUCCACAUUCGCCCUCCUGGCACACUGGAUGGCCUGUGUCUGGUACUUCAUCGGGCGCAGCGAGAUUGAGACCAAUAACCCCGCCUCCUGGGACAUAGGCUGGCUCCAUGAACUGGCCAAACGCCUGGGAACGCCAUACUUCCUGACUCCUCUCACCUCCCUGCUGGGCGUUUCGGAUUCCCCUCACGGCGCAGUGACAGCCGCCAACUCCAGUCACUGGAACGCUUCGGGGCUGGAGGCGCUGAACGUGACGGGGGCGGCGGGCCCGAGCCAGUGGAACGGCACCAGGACCAGACUGAGGAUGCUGAACGGCUCGGGGAUGACGCUGAGCGGGGGGCCGUCCGUCAGGAGCUCCUACGUGACGUCGCUCUACUUCGCUCUGAGCAGUCUCACUAGCGUGGGCUUCGGCAACGUCUCGGCCAACACCGACUCCGAGAAGAUCUUCUCGAUUUGCACCAUGCUGAUUGGAGCCUUAAUGCACGCUGUGGUCUUUGGAAAUGUGACGGCCAUCAUUCAGAGAAUGUACUCGCGUCGCUCCCUCUACCACACCCGCACCAAGGACCUGAAGGACUUCAUCCGUGUGCAUCGGCUACCGAAGGCCUUGGAGCAGCGCAUGAUGGAGUGCUUCCAGACAACCUGGUCCGUCAACAACGGCAUCGACGUCAGCGAGUUGCUGAAGGACUUCCCCGACGAGCUGAGAGCUGACAUAGCCAUGCACCUGAAUAAAGAACUGCUUCAGCUGCCGCUGUUUGAGUCAGCCAGCAGGGGGUGUCUCCGGUCCCUGUCGCUCAUCAUCAAGACCUCCUUUUGUGCUCCAGGAGAGUUCCUCAUCCGCCAGGGCGACGCUCUCCAGGCGAUAUACUUCGUCUGCUCAGGAUCUAUGGAGGUUCUGAAGGAUAACACCGUUCUGGCCAUUCUGGGUCGAGGCGACCUGAUCGGCUCCGACUGCCUCACCCAAGAGGAGGUGAUUAAGACCAACGCCUGCGUGAAGGCCCUCACCUACUGCGACCUGCAGUACAUCAGCCUCAAAGGGCUCCGCGAGGUUCUCUGCCUCUACCCCGACUACGCCCAGAAGUUCAUCACCGAGAUCCAGCACGACCUGACGUACAACCUGCGAGAGGGACACAGCACUGAGACAGACUAUGAGAGCAACGGAGGCCUUGUGAAGAAACUCCCCUCCAUCAAGGAGGAUGAAGAGGGCUCCGGGUCUGAGGGGGAACACUCCCCUCUGCCUAAGAUCUCUUCCUUGGGGAGGUUGGGCCGAGGCCUGCGCUCUCCCCUACGCUCCCCGCUGCGUUCCCCACUGCUGCCACCGCGACCUUUCAGGCCGAUAAGUGAGCCGGCUCGGCCCUCCAGCCUGCAGAUCCCCGUGGUGAGCUUCAGCUGCCUGCAGCCGGACCUCAGCCCUCGGUUUGUGGAUGGGAUUGAGACUGAAAACCACAUCAGCUCGGCUCAGAGGUUUGACUUUUCCCCCAGUGCGACGCAGAGUUUUCUGCCCAGCCCUGAUUCAGCCACUCCAGGAGCCCCGGACGGAGGUGACACCAUGGAGACUAUUGAAAAGCUAAAACAUGAGAUGUGCGUCCUCUCACGCCAGGUAACAGCCGUGAGUCAGGAGCUGCAGGAAAUGACCCGCCUCCUCAAGCCUCUCUUCCACAACUCCUCCACUCUGCCGAUGCCUUGCACUGUGACUCCGCCCCCCAGCGUAUCCCCUCGCUGCUGCUCGCCAGGUCCCGCAGUUUUCACCCAACAGGCUCCGGCGGAUCCGCCGGACGGACGAAACGAGGCUGACCUCCACUCACCCCGGCUGGACACGGGCGCCGAAUUUCAGGGGCAGUUUGAUCCCCUCCGUUGCUCUCUAACCAUCUCCCCUCCCCCGGUCUCCCAGCAGAUCCACCCCGCCGCUCCCCUGCUCUCUCAUCGCUCAGCUCCCCCUUCGCUCAACAGCUCCCCUCACGAGCACGCCGCUGUGUUGCACCCCUGCCUUUCGUCUUCCAUCCCCUCCCUCCCAUUGGUCACCACUCCCUUCCUGGUAGAUUUAUCAGAACCAGGCACCAAGCUGCAGACCCUGACCCUCCCAGCAGCAUCCCACUCACACAUCCAGCCCUUUUUCCAAACCUCCAGCAUGGCAACAACAAACUCCCAGAUGCCCAUACUGAACCUGCAUGAUGUGCAGCUCAGCUUUGUCGAUGAGGGACGGCCGUCAGUGUGACUGAACUUUAAAUCAGAUCUGAACCGACGGAGGCGACACGACUUACUGCAUGAACAGUCUGCCUGAAGUUUGCCAUGUUACAGUGUAAAUAUGAUGUUUUUAAGCUGUUCUCAUGAGCACUCUGUAUGAAAUCUGAUAAUAAACUUACUAAGCAGUUUUA